AUGAAAAAUUGUAAUUUACAUAUUUAGAUUAGUCCAAAAAUUGCAGACUAUUAUGAUGGCAGAGAUUCUCAUCAAAUAAAUAUUGUUUAGGAAAUACUUUAGUUUACAAGUAUAAAUAAAUUUAAUUUAAUAAAAAAAUUUACUGAANGGAAGUUCAAAAAAAAUCCAAACUCGGAGUCGAGGCUUGGAGUCGGAAGGAGCCCUGAGAGAGCGGGUAUGCUCGAUGCCUAUGUAAAGCUACGGGGGAGGGAUUUACUUCCCCCCUUUGGUAAACAGACUGACGCACUGAAAAAUAAUGAACUUAGUUAUGACACACUAUAUUUACCCAAUAUUAUUCAUAAUUUAUUUUAAUUAGAUAAAAUGAAUAAGAAGGUUAUAAUUAAAUAAAGGUUGAAAACUAAAAGGAUAAUUUUUUCGUUCAAGCUUUAUUCCAGGUACGGCAAGCAUAGAUUCAUACUUAAUAUGAAUCUUUGGAAGAAUUAAAUUAUCGUGAUUCAGAUUUUUUGA